GCACUUGGAGACAGACAGUGGGAGAGUUUAGAGUCCGGGUCGAUUUUCAGUUUUAGGACUGCUGAAACUUGCAACCAAAACAAACUGUUACUACAAGCACUUGGGAUCCUGUGGUCUUGGAUAUCAUCUCAGAGAGCCACAGAGGCACGUUCCUGCUGUCCUCAGUAGCUCAGGCAGCAGCAAUUGAAUGUGUGCUGCAAACUUGCAGGAAAAGAUUUGACUAGGAGUUGUUUGAAACCAUGGGCAAUUUCCAAUUAGAAGAUUUUGUAGCUGGUUGGGUAGGAGGUGCUGCAAGUGUAAUCGUGGGGCAUCCUCUGGACACAGUAAAGACCCGGUUACAAGCUGGACAAGGCUAUGGGAAUACACUCAACUGUGUCUUCACCGUGUACAGAAAUGAAACUGUUGCUGGGUUUUUUAAAGGAAUGUCUUUCCCAUUGGCCAGCAUUGCUGUCUACAGCUCUGUGGUAUUUGGUGUCUUCAGCAAUACUCAGAGAUUUAUUCGCCAGCAUCGCUAUGGAGAUUCCAACCAUGCCUCAGCAGUCUCAGACUUGGUUGUUGCUAGCAUGGUAGCAGGAUUUGUUUCAGUAGGAAUUGGCUGUCCUGUGGACCUGGUAAAAAUAAGGCUACAGAUGCAGACACAGCCAUUUAUUCAAGAUGGCCUGAGAGACAUGGGAAAGGCAGGAUUUCUAAGAUCUUGGAAGACGGACUGUGCUGCUUUGUGCUUGCUAAGGUUAUUUUCCCAAACAAAACUGCGAUACAAGCUUGGACAGCUCAAUUCAAACAUAAACUUAAAGCCCCAGGCGGCUGGGUUUCCUGUUCAGACUGCGUACAGAGGCCCAGUCCACUGUAUUAGCUCAAUCCUCCGGAAAGAGGGCUUAGCAGGAAUAUACCGAGGUGCUGGUGCAAUGGUUCUGAGGGAUGUUCCUGGGUAUUGCCUAUACUUCAUCCCUUACACGUUUCUCUGUGAAUGGUUCACCUCAGAUGGAUGCAGGUCUCCUAGUCCCUCUUCAGUGUGGAUAGCAGGGGGCAUAGCAGGAGCAAUCUCCUGGGGGACUGCUACUCCAAUGGAUGUUGUGAAAAGUCGACUUCAAGCAGAUGGGGUUCAUUUAAACAAGUACAAAGGGGUCAUUGACUGCAUCUCCCAGAGCUACCACAAUGAGGGCUUAAAAGUCUUUUUUAGGAGCAUGACAAUCAAUGCAGUGAGAGGAUUUCCGAUGAGCGCAGCCAUGUUUCUUGGAUAUGAACUUUCACUCAAAACAAUAAGAGGAGUCCAAGCUGACAUCAAUCCUUGACAUCCAGUGUCAUCAAGAAGACCAGACCAGUGUCUUCCUUCCCGGAGCUAAAUCAACGGUGUGGAACUGAUGAGAGCCUCAUUGGUGCUGGCAUACGAUAUGCCCUGAAGAGCCCCAUCAACAUAGUUUUCUCUCCUUUUUGUGGACCUAGUCAAUGAAGAGCGAGCUACAAAUCUGCACCAGCUAAAUCCAAAUCCAAAUCCAAAUCCAAAGAACAUUCUGUUCCUGAAAUCUUUCUCUCUGAAGUCCUAAAGCACCUUAACAAUUAAUACUGUUACCUGGUUGUGAUCUAGCCCUCUGCCAGUAAUAUGUGUUGCCAGUGAGCCAAUGGUGAAACAUAUUUCCCCCUGACAGCAUAAGCAGUCAUUUGUUCCCAAAGGCUGGCAGCUGGUAACACUAGACUUAAUGUUGUGUCCUUUCUAUACAUCAUGCUCUUGACACAUCAUCUCCAAGAAUGUAGGGCUUCUCUUUUUGUCAACAAAGAUGUUUCACCUCCUUAGGUAUCAAAGGAAAAAUAGCUUAUACCCUGUAGUUCUGCAUUCCUUCCAAAUCGUAGUUUGGAUCCCAGGGACAAAAAAACUGGUGAUCUAUCCUUGUCUUUUGAGAACAUUGUGCUACAUCACACCGUUGCCAGAAGAGUUUGAUGUGAUUUCCUACAGUCUUUUCUCAAGAAAGGAUUUGGAGGGCUUCAGUAACAUUAGGAGGGCACAGACUGAGGGAAGUUCCGUGGGAAAGCUACGGGAAUGCUUACUACUGUCUCUGAUUUGCUAGUCAGUGCUAUUAGUCCUCGUCUUUCAUGAGCACCACAUUUGAUACACUUUGUUCUCUGCUUUCCCAAAAUUUACCUAACUUUCUUUAUAGACUUCUUUUACUCUACCUCACCAUAUACACUGAUUGAUAGGCCAUGCAAACAAACGCCAACUCCUGCAGAACUUGCAUUGCUUUUGAUGGAGGUUCUGGUUGAGUAGGGUCUAUAGGAUGAGGCCCAAAAUAUUUUCUCUAAAGCACUGGCUUGGCUUCAGACCUGCUGCCAGCAGGUCUAAUCCCAUUUACAGCAACAGAUGUCAGCAUGAGAUCUUAAUUUGCUCUUCUGUGUCCAUAGCCUCCUGUCAAGGUCUUGUGUCUUUACACUGCUGUGUCUAACUUGUAAAAAUCUUCAUGAUGUCUUUCCUAAGGGGCAAGUUUCUGGUGCAGAAAAUAGAGUAGCCACGGCAGACAAAUGCAAGGCUUUUAAUGGUACCCGUAGGUAGCAAGAGUGAAGUUGUGGGACCAAGAUAGAGAGAGCAAAGGGACACCGUGUUCUGCAAGAAGAGCUGGGAAGGCCACUGUAAUAUGGAAGGUGCAUAGUUUGCUCAGUCCUGUCUUUGAGCUUCUCCUGUGGGAACGUAUAGACAGAAAA